CGCAAAAUGUGAAGUUCUGGCUCAGCAUAAGCUCCAUAGUCUAUAGUGGCAUCUCUAGAACCUCCAUCGUAAAAAAUAAAAAUAAAAAAAUCUCCACUUUCCCUUUCCCAUGGAGGACAACGAGUGGGAGACAAUUCAAGCAUCCAGUUCCGCCACUCAAUCGGAUGAAGACGUCGGCGAUGCGGUGGUGGUGGCCACACCAACCAAUUUCCACGAUGCCUCGGGUGUUGCUCCAAGCAAUCACGAGGGGUUACUCGUUUUCACUCAACCACCACAAGAUGACUACCUCCAUGAACCAGUUCUGGAAACGCCCUCGCCACGAUCGUCGUAUUCUUCGUCAUCAAACCCUUCUUCCACUGAGAUAGUCGAGGGUGAGUUGCCACAGCCCCCCGAAACGAGAAGCACGCAACUAAAGGCCAGUUUCAGGAUUUUGAGCUCAUGGGUUUUGACGAUUGCUUACGGGAUCCGUGACAGAAUUGGAUUUUGGUCAAUUGCGUCGGUGACGGCUUUUGCGUCGGUGAUGGUGUACGGAAUGCAAUGGCAGCGCCGGCGGAUGUUAGCGGCGAAAGAGAGUAAGGAUCAGCUGAAGCUUCUCAUAAAUCAGAAAGAUGAGAAAAUAAAACAACUUCUUCUCCAAAUCGAUCGAAUGAAUGAAGCCCUAUCAGCUAGAAGAAGAGUUCCAGUGUUUCGGGUUGUGGUUGAUAGUCCACUCAUGAUAGGUCCAACGGCAAACUGGAAGCCAAUUUGACACUUUCAUAUUGAUUGAAUGAAUGAAGCCUCAUCAGCUCAACCAAGGGUGUUUGUUCACAUUGCAAAGUACAUAUUUAAAAGAAGCAUAAUAAUGCUAAGAGUUGCAUAUGGCUUAUAGCACGUAUAUAUAUGUCAUUGAGCUUUUGCAUAUUGACUGCUAUGUUUGUGUUCUAUGUAAUCUAAGUUGUGGAUUUGUGUAAUGUUUGUAAAUCACCUUUUAUUUAUAUACAUGUAUGUGUUAUAUGUACAAGUUUACAAGAGCAAGGAAUUGCAGUGUUUAUUUAGUAUCAAUGAACAGAC